AUGUGGUCUUUCAGUAGCCAUGCUCUCUUCCCACCCCCCACCGAGGCCUGGCUCCAGAGGGUUUUGUCGGACCGCGAGGCCCAGGGCUGGGGGGCCUGGAGCCAGAAUGAGAAAACCCCUCUGGAGCCGGACUGUGGAGACAGGAAGGAGGAAGAGGAAACUGGGAAAGAAGAGGACAAUGAGGAAGACUCAGACUUCCCUCUGUUUCUGCUCAAGAGAGAGGACCUGCCCAAGGACCUGCCCAAGCACCUGGUACCUGACCAGGAGCUGGAGGCCAUCAAACUGAACCUGUGGGCAAUGGAGCAAGCCCGGGAGGUGGAGCUGCCCAGGGCGAAGGGCCAGGCAGGAAAAGAGGAGGGAGCUGGGUCUGUGCUGGCUCCACAGCUGUUGGGCCCUGAGACAGGCAGGAGCUCUCCUGAGGCCCCUGUGGGGAAGGUGGAAGUGGACCCCAGAUCCACCUACGUGGGCAAUGUGGACUACGAGAGCACUGCCGAGGAGCUGGAGGCCUAGUUCAACCUCUGUGGGGAGGUCCAGCAGGUCAGCAUCCCAUGCAACAAGUUCUCUGGACACCCCAAAGGCUAUGCCUAUAUAGAAUUUACUACUGAGAGCUCAGCCCAGGCUGCUGUGGGGCUGGACCAAAGCAUCUUCCGAGGCCGAGUCAUCAAGGUAAUGCCAAAAAAGGCCUACUUACCAGGAGUCAGCUCCACAGACCGAGGGGGCCUACAGGGACACCCAGGUGCCAGGGGACACCCCGUCGCCAAGGGGGCACCCUUCUCCCACAGCAGCAGCCUCCAGGGCGGGGCCCACUUCAGACAGCGAGGGCAGAAGAGGCCAGUGCUGGUGGGGCCACCCAGUUAG